CGGGAGGCCCGAGUCGGGCCAAGGAGAAGGAGGAGGAGGAGGAGGAGGAGGCGGCCGAGGCGGAGGCCCAGCGCGGCCUAGCAGGACCGGCUACCCUCGCCAUGGCGCAGUUCGGGUUCGAGAGCGACCUGCACUCGCUGCUCCGGCUGGACACCCCCAUCGCCAACGCGCCCCCCGCCCGCUGGCAGCGCAAAGCCAAGGACACCCCGGGGGCCCCCGGGCCCGGCCCGUCGCCCAUGCGACCCGCCAACCGCACCCACGGCGGCGCCAAGACCCCGCGCCGCACCCCAGGCAAGGCUGCGUCCAAGGCCCAGAACACCUCGCCCAAGGCCGGAGCUGACCGCUACAUCCCCCAGCGGAGUGCCGCCCAGAUGGAGGUGGCCAGCUUCCUCCUGAGCAAGGAGAACCAGCCCGACGACCAGUCCCCCACCAAGAAGGAGCUGCAGAAGGCCUGGGCCCUGAACUUGAACGGCUUCGACGUGGAAGAGGCCAAGAUCCUGCGGCUCAGCGGAAAGGCCCAAAACGCCCCUGAGGGUUACCAGAACAACCUGAAGGUGCUGUACAGCCAGAAGACCACCCCCGGCUCCAGCAAGAAGACGGGCAGAUACAUCCCCUCCAUGCCAGAGCGUAUUCUGGAUGCUCCUGAGAUCCGCAAUGACUUCUACCUGAACCUAGUGGAUUGGAGCGGGCAGAAUGUGCUGGCCGUGGCGCUGGACAACUGCGUGUACCUGUGGAGCGCCAGCUCGGGGGACAUCCUGCAGCUGCUGCAGAUGGAGCGGCCGGGGGACUACGUCUCUUCGGUCGCCUGGAUCCGCGAGGGCAACUACCUGGCUGUGGGCACUAGCAACGCCGAGGUCCAGCUCUGGGACGUGCAACAGCAGAAACGGCUUCGCAACAUGAGUAGCCACGCGGCCCGCGUGGGUGCCCUCAGCUGGAACAGCUACAUCCUGUCCAGCGGCUCCCGAUCCGGGCACAUCCAUCACCACGACGUGCGGGUGGCCGAGCACCACGUGGCCACGCUCAGCGGCCACAGCCAAGAAGUGUGCGGCUUGCGUUGGGCCCCCGACGGCCGGCACUUGGCCAGCGGCGGAAACGACAACCUGGUCAACGUCUGGUCGGGCGCCCCCGGGGAUGGGAGCAGAGCACCGUUGCAAACCCUCACCCAGCAUCAGGGAGCUGUCAAGGCUGUGGCCUGGUGCCCCUGGCAGUCCAACGUCUUGGCCACGGGAGGGGGUACCAGCGACCGGCACAUACGCAUCUGGAACGUCUGUUCCGGGGCCUGCUUGAGUGCGGUGGACGCCCAUUCCCAGGUGUGUUCCAUCCUUUGGUCUUCACACUACAAGGAGCUCAUCUCCGGUCACGGCUUUGCCCAGAACCAGCUGGUCAUCUGGAAGUAUCCGACCAUGACCAAGGUGGCUGAGCUCAAAGGUCACACGGCCCGGGUCCUGAGUCUGACCACGAGCCCCGACGGGGCUACGGUGGCUUCUGCGGCGGCGGACGAGACGCUGCGCCUGUGGCGCUGCUUCGAGCUGGACCCUGUCCGCCGGCGGGAGCGGGAGAAGGCGGGGGCCGCCAAGAGCAGUCUCAUCCACCGGGGAAUCCGCUGAGCGGGGCCGGGAUGGGGGA